CACAAAUUCACAUUCACUGACACAUCCUCUGCUUGCGUAACUGAGUGACUGAUAACUUUUAAAAUUGCGCUUGGAACUUCAUGCUUAGGAGAAAAAUGUCCUCUUGGUCUUCAUUUUGGAGAGUGAAAACAAAGCUCGAAGACUGUACGGGGCCGUUUUCUGUGGGUUGCAUGGAUUUUAUGUGCGCCAAAGAUGAUUCUGCCGGUGUCACAACAGAUGCAGGUAGUUUCAUCCGUUUCUUCUAUCCAUCGGAGAAGACCGCCUGGACGUUGGAUGAAUCGGAGACUUGCUUCUGGAUACCUCGUCAAGAAUACACCUCAGGGCUCAUUAACUUUAUGAAACUUCCUGUGUGGCUUUUAGGAAGAGUGUUUUAUUGGACUGUUGGGAGCUUGCAUAUUCCUGCAGUAUACAAUGCACCUCUUUAUAAACCUGCUGGUGAUAAUUUGGAGGGUCAAUCAUUGCCCUGUGUAGUAUUUUCACAUGGUUUGGGCGGUAACAGACUCAUUUACAGUACCUACUGCUGUGAGCUGGCUUCUCAAGGCUGCUUAGUGGCAUGCGUGGAACAUAGAGACGAGUCAGCAUCUGCAACAUAUGUUCUAAAGGAAAGAGAAGGAGAUGACGAGAUGGUAGAAGAGUGGAUAAAAUAUCACAGACUACAACCAAGUUAUAAUGAGUUUGAAUUUAGAAACAGUCAGGUUCAUAAACGAGCAACUGAAUGUAUAAAUGCUCAUAAUAUUCUUGAAAAGAUCCACUCAGGAGAUUGUCCUAAAAAUUUGUUAAAAGAUAAUACUGUCUUGCAACAGCUUAAGGGAAGAUUGGACUUAAACAAGGUUGCGAUUGUGGGUCAUUCAUUUGGAGGUGCCACGACUGUCAUGUCAUUAGCAAAAGACAAGCGAUUUAGAUGUGGGGUAGUUCUAGAUGUCUGGAUGCUUCCGUUAGGAAAAGAAAUCUUUAAUUAUGAACUAGAGCAGUCAAUACUGUUUGUUAACACACAACAGUUUCACCGCUGGAAAGAAAACAUCGACACUCUGAAAGAACUUAUAAAUAAAAAACCAGAUACCCGCCAAAUAAUAGCCAUAAGAUGGACAAGACAUAUGGAUCAGUGUGAUAUUCCAUCAGUGUUACCACCAUACAUGUUGAGAUGGACCUCCCUGGUUGGCAAACUUGAUUCAUCCACAGCAGUCAGGCUUAACAGACAAGCCAUCUGGGCCUUCAUAUCAAGACAUCUAGGUAUUGGAGAUCCACCGCUACAUGAACCAAUUCUUGACGGAGGGGAUGGGACACCGGAGCAUAUUAUCAUCGGUCCAGAAAUGCCACCUCGAACUGAAGACGAGAAACUUGAUUCAGUGAACAGUUCGCUAUAAUGUUGUAAAAAUUAUAUUUUCGUUGGAUUGCAAGUGCUGUGAAAUCCCUCAGUAAAUUUCUCAGCUCAAAAUACAUUAACUCAGUGUUCCCUCAAAAUCAGUAUCAUGAUCACACAUACACAACUGCACGGGUAAUUCCUCCCUUAAUUGUAUUUAUGAAAAAAUUCUCUAUCGUGAUUGGUUCUCAGUACGCCUAUUUGUCACGCAAUCGGUGCGCGAUUACAUGGGUGUGCGAUUACAUGGGUGCGCAAUUACAUGGGUGUGGGAUUACGUGGGUGUGCAAUUACAUGGGUGUCCUGUUACAGGCAUACAAUAUUUAAACUUUUUGCAACUGGAUACCUGUAAUUGGAUAUCUGCGUCAUUCCAUGUCAAUUAUGUGAGUUUUAAUGGCUUCCUAAAUGUUCCCAACAGUUUUUACAACUUAUGGAAAUUUCUACUGACUUUUUCACUUAAAGGAAGUUCUUAAUAAUCUCGAAAUUUGUUAUUGAUACUACCAAAAUUGCACUAAACUCCGUCCAAUUACUAUUACACAUUUAUAUAUAAUCUAUACUUCGUAUAUGUAAUCACAUCAAAUCAAAUCAGAACUUAAUUUAAAAGGGGUGGRACUUUWUGGUCGACACUUYUUAAAAAGUUGUCACUUACCUUUGUAUUAGUAAACAAACUGAAAUGCACAUACUAAGAAUACAGCUAAGUACUUCCAAUAGCUAAUAAUACAGUAUUUAACAAUUUGGAAAAAAACGAAUUUGGCAACUUCGUUCCCAGGGCCUCUCAUCUCUCAUCUUGCUGCCCUUCCCUUCCCUUCCCGGUAGGACGGGAUCAUAAGAGAACCUGGCAACAAGUUCGUCGGAAAUUCAUUCCCAGAUACAAUAAACGUUAACGAACUUUAACCAGCUCUGGGGAAGUUUUUUGGACAUCGAAAUUAUUGCGUUACAAAUUCUUAUCCAACUCAUACAGUAAUGUUUUACAGUUAAUAUUUUUAAUGACUGUAACGUACAUUCAAAUGUCUGGAGCUAUAUUACUCACUCCAUACAAAAAACAUGUUAACAAAAUCAACAUUGCGUUGUGUCUGAACAAGGCCUUCUUUUAGGUAUCAGUAUACCUCAAUUUCUCUCAGAAAUGCGAAUUUUUUUUUGUUUUUCUCACUGGCAAGGACAUUUUGUGGUCUUUCCCUUGUAAAAAAUCUGGAAUGAUAAGCUCUUGGUUUCAGAGAUACAGAGAAUAAACGAUUUUGAAUUUGCAAUUA